AUGGCCGAUGCUAUUGCUGUGCCAAAGGCACAAGCCAAAGCAAAGGCCAAGGUGGCCAGGGAUGAUGUGAGAACUGUGCACGAGCCCAUGACACUGCAUAUCACGGCUGUUGCGGACUCCAUCCACGAUGCCCUGCUACCGGUCCUGAAGGCCCAGCUUGCGCAUAUCAUGAGCGUGCCGACCCCUCUGGAGCGAUCCUUUGUUGAAUGGGCCGGCCGUGAGAAGCCCACCGUAUACAAUGCGGACCUGGAAAGAAAUUAUGGCCUACUGAAGGAAUAUGUACUGGAGAUGGCUCCAGCACUGUCGGCAUUGGGUGACUUCGAAACAGCGUUUGUCUUGCUCAGCAUCAGUCUAAAUCUCCACGGAGAAACGAUUUAUCAUCAGCGAGGCGGCAAAGGAAAAUGUCGUGAGUGGGGACGUGUUGAAGCUGCACGCUUCCGGACCAUGCUGACCCACCUCACGAAAUCCCUGAGGAAGUCCGAUGCUGCCAGGAACCAGAAGGUGGAUGUGCUGAAGCGCAUGUGGCACCUGAAGGCUUCGAAGUCGGAUGAAGCUUCGGAGGAAGAGGAUGCGGAUGCUCCAGCAUGCGCAGAGGAGGCCGACCUGCAGGCGGCGGACAGGCUUGCAGAGAUGCUGUCCCCCCGUGGGGUUAAGCACCGUGGGGCUGCAGUGAUGGGGUUCUCUCCCCAGGAGUCUGCACCGAUCGGCGAAGUCCCCGAGCGAGCGGAGCCUGGAGAAGGCCCCGAUGAAGCCCAGCCACAGGCAGACCGGGAACCCUUGAUACGAUUCAGAGACGUCCCCCGCCCGGAGUUCAUGGAUGCAAGCCAUGCUUACCAGCGCUAUGACCACGUCACAGCCGCUCAAGAUGUUGUUCGUACUCGUAUCCGAGAGGCUGCUGCAGAGGUGGAGAACAAGCGCAUCGACAAGAGGAAGCGGGAUGGUGGUCGGCGUGGUUUCAAGGUCGACAAGGCAGCCAAGGCAAGCAAGGAUGAGCAGGAGUUGCCUGAGGAUGAUCAUCCUGAUGGUCCGGCCCUUGAAAAGGGUGAUGAUGAUGAUGAGGCUGCAGAAGCGGCAAGGAAGCCAGCCCCAAAACGUAACAGCCGCCUGAGCAAGCUGCUGAAGAAGGUCGAAGCUGCGAGCGCUAGCAACCCCGGUAAGGAUGCAGCCCCCAAAAAGCCCGCCAAGAACUCCAAGCCCCAGAACAUAUCCCCAAAGAAGUCCAAGGCCAGUAGCAAGAGGCUUGAUAAAGCCCUGAGCAUCUUGGAAACCCUCAAGAAAGAAGACCUUCCGGGCCUCCAAUGCCCUGAAGAGCUGAAGAAGCAGAGCUUUACCGUGUACCACAACGGGGAGAAGGAGAAGAAGGGCUCUACGAGUGCCAUCAGUGUCAUCUUGCGCUCGGAGUCGUUUUAUGUGAGGCAGGUUCUGCAGCAGGUCGAAGGGCCCGUUGCAACGGAUCGGAAGGGUGGGGCUACAGUCCCGUGGCACCACUUUGAUGGUGCUAUUUCGAUUGCGUGGCACCAUGCGAGAUUGAUGGCUGGAUGGGUCAAGAAGUAA